AUGUUGGAAGAAUUUGAGCGUCUUGUUAGGAUUCCCAUGAAGAAUAAGACAUUGUUUGAAGGGGUGGACGAAUCUUUGCAACCCAAAGUCAUUGCUAAAGCCAUUCACAUGGACAAGGGAGAGGCUGAAGCUCUCCUAGAGGUCAAAGGGAAUACUAAAGGGUUCUCACUAAAUUUCCUUUUGGAAAGAGCUUGUACCUUGUUAAAAGCGGAAAGUUGGGACUCUUGUUACUCUAAUAUUGCUUUGGCUAUCUAUGGCAUCAUCUUAUUCCCAAAUAUUGAUGGGUUUAUAGACAUGGUUGCUAUUUGCGUUUUUCUCAUCGAAAAUCCAGUGCCUACCUUGUUAGCAGAUGUUUAUUAUUACAUGAGCCAUAGGUACACCAAGAAGACGGGAAUGAUUGCUUGUUAUGCUCCUCUCUUAUACCAGUGGUUCUUAGAGCAUCUUCCAAAGACAUGUGUUUUUGUGGAACGAACAGACGCUAGUUGGCCUCAGAGGUUGGGAUCACUCCGAUCUGAAGAUCUUUCCUCGAAUUCCAAAGAAUAUAUUGGUAUGGACAUUAUAUUCAGCUGUGGGGACUUUCCUAAUUUACCACUCAUUGGAACUCAAGGGUGUGUCAAUUCUAACCCGGUUUUAUCACUGAGACAACUUGGUUACCCAAUGGAGGGUCCUCCGGAUGCAAGCUCCUUGGAAGCCUUAUUGUUGCUUGACUUAGGGGUUGAGAAUCCUAUCCUAUUCCAAAGGAUCAUAGAGGCUUGGAAAAGGGUCAAUCGAAAAGGGAAAGCUGGCCUAAGGAGAAUUAAUGGGAUCAAUAAAGAACCGUAUUUUCAUUGGGUAAAGGAAAGGGAGGAGGUGAUCAAAAUACCAUUCAUCAUUCAGAUACCUGUACCUCUUCCCGAGCCUAAACUUACCCAUAUCCCCAUUGAGGAGGUAUAG